AUGAAUGACUUUCCAAGCUCAACGGGCAUUUUCCAGGAGCCCCGAAACGCCGAUGAUAACUCAAGUAAUAGUGACGCCGGGAUAGUGCUCGCCAACAUUGACCAAAACGGCAAGGGAAUCGUCACUCACGCCCCGAAAGAAGGCUUUCGGCUGGGAUACUUCGAUGUGUCGUGCUUGGUCAUUAAUCGCAUGAUAGAGUGGAAGGAGUUGAGCAGUCUAUCCCUCGAAGUGGAGGAGAUUUGGUUUACCUUCAAUACGUAUCGAAAGCCCGCCUACCGCAAGAACACCGUUCUACUUUCUACUUGUAUCUUCGGUAUCACGUUCAUUAUUCUUGGCAACAUGGCCGGUAACAGUAUUCACUUCGCGCUUCGUGUCCUAGAAGCGGCCGGUGUCGAGACACCCAGCAACGGAGCCGUCAGGGGCAUUGCUCUCGCCGUUGCUUUCUUCGCCUGCUUCAUCCACGCGACCAGCCGAAGAUUCGGAAUCCUGCUUAACAACUUCUUAGCCGUCAUCAAGAUUAUGAUCAUGCUUCUAAUCAUUAUAUCUGCCGUUGUCGUGGGCGCUGGAGGCUUUCCCAACACCCACAAUGUCAUCGUCGACAAUACUUCCCCCAAGAACUCGUUCAAGGGCGCAUCAUCAGAAGCGAACGGAUACGCCCAGGCUUUCUUGGCGAUUAUUUUCACGUUUUCCGGGUUUGAACAGCCGAAUUACGUUCUUGGUGAAAUCAGUCGUCCGAGGAAGAAGUUCCCCAUUGCGAUGGGCACUGGUGUGGGCAUUGUCGUGAUCUUGUAUCUGGCAGUCAAUAUAUGCUAUAUGGUCGUCGUACCCGCCGAAGCUCAGAAGAACGAAAACGUUGCCCAGCAGUUCUUCGAGCUUACAUUCGGAAAGUUGGGCGCGGAUAGUCAGAUCGGAGCUCGAAUCUUCAAUGCUUUCCUCGCCAUCUCUUCCAUGGGUAAUAUCAUCGUUAUGACAUACACAGCUGCUCGUGUGAAGCAGGAGAUUGCCAAAGAGGGCAUCCUCCCGUUCCCCAAGUUCUUUGCCUCAAACAAGGACAUGAGCCUCGGACGUCUUCUUUUCUGGUUUCAGAAGAAGGGAUGGUUCAAGUCACUCCUCCAACUACGAUGGUUUUCCCCUGAGCAUCACAGCGAGAAGACCCCAGUUGGUGCGUUGGUGCUUCAUCUAGCCAGUUGCAUCAUCCUCAUCUUCGCGACAUGGAACGCAGAGCCUGAAGCAGCAUAUACUGCUCUUACAUCGUUCAGCGCCUAUGUCGUAAAUGCCUUCAUCGGAACGUUCUUAGGUUUGGGAAUACUCAUCUUGCGUUUCCGUGGCCCACCCGUCACUCCUGCCGACGAUGAUACUCCGACAUACGACCAGCCUACAUCACCGCCCACCUGGGCAGAGUUGACUGGCAAGAAAUUUCGCCCCUUCUUGUCUGUGAUCGACCAGAUCGUCAGGCCUUGGUGGUUAGUUCCCACUGUGUCAUGGCUCAUAAUCACCCUUAGUAUUGCCUGGUUCAUAGGAUUUGUCUUGGUGGCUCGUUACAUCGAGAAGAAGGACCACCGGGUCUUUGUUGUAGAGAAGAAGCCGGAGUUUGAGGCAGCUGAUGGCAGCACACGGAGCUCCGAGGCUGGCCACAGAGGUGCUGACCUGAUCCAAGUCCACGAGACAGUUUACUUGAGCUGGGUCGGCAGAGAGACUCUUCGACAUAGACGACCAACUUUCAGCGACCACAAAGAGGCAGACGGUUGCGUCUCAGAAAUCCCAGCAUCCCCUUACGCCGGCACUGACUUCGCGGCAUAUAUGUCUCACCAAAAGGAAGGCACCGCAUCAGGUGCGGGAUAUCCUAGAUACUGA